CCGGGAGUUGGUGGGUCGGGGCUAUUGGGCUGGCUACCACCUGACGGAAUGGAGCUGCCGGGCACUUAGGGGCCAUGUCGCCCGGUCCCCGGGCCUGCCGCGCUUCACGCCCCGGCCGCCGCUCCCCGCGUCCGCGCCGGGAUGGUGAACGUGGCGGCCAUGGUGUGGCGCCGGGUGCUGAGGAAGAGAUGGGUGCUCGCCCUGGUCUUCGGGCUCUCGCUCGUCUACUUCCUCACCAGCACCUUCAAGCAGGAGGAGAGAGCAGUGAGAGAUCGGAAUCUCCUCCAGGUUCAAGACCAUGAUCAGCCCAUUCCCUGGAAAGUACAGUUUAACUUGGGCAAUAGCAGUCGGCCAAGCAAUCAGUGCCGUAACUCCAUUCAAGGGAAGCAUCUCAUCACAGAUGAACUUGGAUAUGUUUGUGAAAGGAAGGAUUUGCUGGUGAAUGGUUGCUGUAAUGUCAACGUCCCUAACACAAAGCAGUAUUGCUGUGACGGCUGCUUGUCUAAUGGCUGCUGCAGCGCCUAUGAGUACUGUGUCUCCUGCUGUCUGCAACCCAACAAGCAACUUCUCCUGGAGCGCUUCCUUAACCGGGCAGCCGUGGCAUUCCAGAACCUCUUCAUGGCAGUAGAAGAUCACUUUGAAUUGUGUUUGGCUAAAUGCAGGACCUCAUCCCAGAGCGUGCAGCACGAGAACACCUAUAGGGAUCCCAUAGCAAAGUACUGCUACGGAGAGAGCCCUCCCGAGCUCUUCCCUGCGUGAUGGGCGCAGAGGACUUAAAGCAGGGUGAGAAGGGCACUGCUGAAGGACUGCCACCUGAAGCCAGACUUGAGUGUCCACGCUGCUGCGAUGGAAGAAGACAAAGGCGGCGUGAGGAAACCUCGGCGUUGACCCUUUCUUGUGUUGUACUCUUUGGCUUCUCUCAGUGCCUGGGCUUUACCAGGUGGAACUGUACUGUAAAGCAGCCUGGAAACUCCAGCCCUUCUCUCCCAGAAAAGACUAAACUACGGGCCGAGCUUCCGGUGCGGUUGACAUUCUUGAAUGACUCUGACGUACCUGCAAAGGGAAAUGUGACUUGUGUUACCUCUGUGUCCGAAGUCAAGUUUUCGCUUACAUUUUUGACCUGGGCCCUUCCACUGUAAAAUUAUUUAUUGAGUUUCUUUGGUGUAGUAGGAAAGUUAUAAUGUUUUGUGUAGGAAAAUGCCUUGCCUUUCUAGUUGAAUAUAUUCAAGGAAAUUAGUUUUUUGUUGUUGUUCUUGUGUUUGAUCAGUUAAAUUAUUCUUUUGCCCAGAUAAAAUGUUUUGUUUCUUAGAAUGUGGAUCUUCUGCCUAGAAUAUUUUUGUUUUUGUUUUAACAGCAUCUUCCAGAGUGGUCCCUGAACACCAACGUUCUAACCAUAUCCUGACAUAUAAAAUUAUCUGAAAAGUCAAAGACACUGUUGCAUUCUAAUCAUGUGCAAGAUCUCUAGCAGUUCAUACCCUAUGACUUGCACUUGAAAUAGUUCAUAGCUAGCCUACAUUUAGAAAAAGAGGAAAAGAAACCCCAACUUCCUGCCAAAGUGCUCUAAGAGACUCUCAUGGUGCCCUUGGCGGGGAGGGGCAGUGGGGUGUGGAGCUGUGUUUGAUUGUCAUGACUUAGAGGAUGCCUGGCUCGUGGGUUGUGGGGUGUCCUGGAUCCACACACUUGAGGUGCUCCCCGUUUUUCUGGUGUAACACUGAAUCUCUCUGGCUUGAGGCUUAAAGUAUUUGGUUCUAAGGUCACGAUAUUGUGCCCCUUGAAUAGUAUUGCUUUUUGAUUUCAGGAGCCACAUUAACUCACAACUCUUUCUUGGAGUCCCUCACUAUCCUUGGGAUUGGACAAGGCCUCUUUCAUUUUCUUCGUUGUUCACAUUGUUGAUCUGGGAGCAGGGCUCACUACUCACCAUCUCACCGCUUUGGGUUUACCUGUCGUGUUGUGGGGGAUGACCUUGUAGCGUAGUGGUUAAGAGCUCAGGCUGCUAACCGAAAGGUCGACAGUUUGAAUCCACCAGCUGCUCCUUGGAAACCCCAUGAGGCAGUUCUACCUAUUCUGUACUGUUGCUGUGAGUCGGAAUCGACUCGACAACAAUAAAUUUAUUGUGUUGGGAACAAGAGUUACCUCUAGUUUUAUGAUGAACUUUCAACAGUUUUGUCAGUGAUGCUUUCUCCUUUGGCUUCCAGUAUGUUUUUACAGUACACAGUGGUAAUCCUUAACUUCCUCCUCCUACGUUUCACACUUACCUUCCCAGAGUACUUUGCUCUCCGAAACAGGCCUUCUGAGAGGGUCAGCAAAAAAGAGGAAUACCCUUGACGAGGUGGAUUGACACAGUGGCUGCAAACAAUGGGCUCAAACAUAGCAACGAUUGUGAGGAUGGCGCAAGACUGGGCAGUGUUUCGUUCUGUUGUACACAGGGUUGCUAGGAGUCAGAACCAACUCGAUGGCACCUAACAACAACAGAGAGUAAACUGUCAGGCAGUUGUUUUUUAAUGCUAGACACGAAGGAAUUUACUCUGUUUGCAUUGUACUUCUUGGAUUCUAUGUGUAUUCCCUGGUGCUAAAUCUUUGCGUGUAGAAGAAUUGUGGCAUGCCUGAAUGUUUUACGACCUUACUCUUUUUGGUAACUCAGAAUUUGAGUGUCUGUCUUCCUCUGGUUGUCAUUGGUAUCAGCAGCAUCUUUGAGCUUAUCUUAACCCUUGAGCAACCUAACACAGAUUUAAUGUGACGACAUUACAUUGUAGGCCAACCGUGUCUACUGACUGGUCGUCUCCAGCUUUGUAGUUGAAUAACACGUCGUACGUUUUCAGUGCUUUCACGAACAAUAACUAUCACCUUUGGAGAGAGAAUUAAGCCUGCUUGUGUUCCCACCUCGUCGAUGAGGAAAUAGCAAGAGGUGAAGUGACUUCCCAGAGUCCCCACUGAGAGUUAAUGGCAGAAGCAGAAUAAGCACUUCAUCUGCGACUCCUGGUCCAGCGUCUUUUCCACCGCUUCUUGCCCGUUCCAAGGCUGACUCAUCUGUAAACAUCUCUCUUGAGGGCGUAUGUAUUUCAGUUGUCCAGGCCAAAAGAGGGGAGAGGUGGCAUAAAUAUCCAAAUUAAGUUGAUAAUCCAAAGGUCAUUUUCAGUUGGCCAUGGAAUAUGUUUUUUGUACUUAAGUCAGUUAGGGGUAUGUUCACUGUUUUGGGAAUUCGCGACACUUCGGACUACAUAAUGAAGCCAUGACACCGAAGGACCUAGAAUGACGCUCGCCUCCCCAGCCUUCCAACCAAAGAUCCCUUUCUGCCCCCUACUCACUGCUCUCUACUCUCUGGUUUGUUUCUAGAAAUAGGGACCUUGUCGUAUUUUGUAUGUUAGAGCCUAGCAAAAUGUGUAAUUGAUGCUUGGAAUUUAGGAAAAGGUCACAGAAGGGGAGAAAACAUCUUCUUUGCUUUAGAGAAAAUGUGUUACUGAGUGUUUUGGGCUAAAGGUAGUUUGGUAAUUCCAAGUCUUUUCCCCCAUUCUGAAUCCUUCAUUUACUGGAGCUAUAAAGAUGAACUGUGGGCAUAGCAGGGAAAGAAGUGUACAGUAGAGUAUAAAUAGGGCUCUGAUACCCACUCCCCCCACAAAAAAAAGCCUUAAACCCAUUGCUGUUGAGUGAAUUCCAACUCAUAGCAACCCUAUAGGACAGAGUAGAACUUCCCCAUACGGUUUCCAAGGCUGUAAUC